AGUUGUUUUUUUGGCUUCAAUAAUGGCAUUAGCUUCUCAUCCAAAAGUGAUUUUGGGUUCAUUUGCCUUUUUAAUCUUCUGGGUGUUAGCAGUUUUCCCUUCUUUGCCUUUCCUUCCCAUAGGCAGAACUGCUGGGUCCCUUUUAGGUGCCAUGCUUAUGGUCAUCUUUCAAGUUCUAUCUCCUAAACAAGCUUAUUCCGCGAUCGAUCUAGAAAUUCUGGGUCUUCUUUUUGGGACAAUGGUUGUGAGUGCAUAUCUUGAGAGAGCAGACAUGUUCAAGUACUUGGGCAAGCUACUGUCAUGGAAAAGUAAAGGGGCCAAGGACUUGCUUUGUCGAAUCUGUUUGAUUUCUGCUAUCUUAAGUGCUCUCUUCACCAAUGACACCUCUUGUGUUGUUUUGACUGAAUUUGUAUUGAAAGUGGCAAGGCAGCAUAAUUUGCCUCCCCAUCCAUUUCUCCUCGCCCUUGCUUCAAGUGCUAAUAUUGGGUCCUCUGCAACACCAAUAGGGAAUCCCCAAAAUCUGGUAAUAGCUGUUGAGAGUGGCAUAUCAUUUGGUGAAUUCUUGAUAGGGAUUCUUCCUGCUAUGCUUUUGGGGAUUGUCGUGAAUUCUCUGAUUCUUCUGUCCAUGUAUUGGAAGGUACUGUCUACUCAUAAGGAUGAAGAAGAUGUUGCUGUACAAGUUGUAGCAGAAGAGGACGUCAAUUCUCAUAGGUUUUCUCGUGCCACAAUGACUCACUUGACAUCCUUCACCUCCCAGGAAUCGAACCAUUUAGAGUCUGCUGCCGUUCCAGACUCUCCUCAGCUUCAGAGUCAGAGAAACAGCGGAAGCUCAAAUGAAGUUCAAUGGGUCUCCAACAACGCGGUUGAUUCUGAAAGAAACUCAAAUGGGUUAAAGGAUGAAAUGGAUGGCUUGAAUUCCCAGAGAAGGGAGGAAAAUAGUCAUUCCAUGGCUGUUGAAGUGGCACAUAGACCAAGUGAUACAAACUUUUUCGAAGGAAAUGAAUAUUUAAACCCAAAAUUGAAGCGCGUACUCUGGAAAGCUUGUGUUUACAUUAUCACAUUGGGAAUGUUAGUUGCUUUGCUUUUGGGAAUGAACAUGUCAUGGACUGCAAUUAUUGCUGCACUUGCUUUGAUCGUUCUUGAAUUCAAGGAUGCUAGCACAAGUUUAGAGAAGGUUUCAUAUUCACUUUUGAUAUUCUUCUGUGGAAUGUUUAUGACAGUAGAUGGCUUCAAUAAAACCGGAAUUCCAAGUGUUUUCUGGGACCAUAUGGAGCCCUAUUCUAAAGUAGAUAGUGCAAGUGGAAUAGCAGUGCUUGCCAUAGUCAUACUUGUCCUCUCAAAUGUGGUUUCAAAUGUACCAACAGUUCUGUUGCUGGGAGCCAGGAUUGCAGCAUCAGCAGCUGCAAUCUCUAGUGAAGAAGAGAAGAAGGCAUGGCUCAUCUUAGCAUGGGUGAGCACGGUCGCAGGGAACCUAUCCCUUUUGGGAUCAGCAGCGAACUUGAUAGUGUGCGAGCAAGCUCGCAGAAUACCAGACCUUGCUUACAAUUUGACCUUUUGGAACCAUCUAAAGGAAUGCAAAAAUCAUGGACCGAUAUAUAAGAACGUUAUCUCUGAAAGUCUACUGUCAAUCAGUUCUUUGAAUCAUGGUAAAGAGAUCAACCAAGCACUGCAGUUGCCUAAUCACAUGACGGAAUUGGUAACACGCCCCGUGGAGAUAGACGAAACCUUCAAGAAUGUUGUUUACUGUGGCUGUCAUGCAUACUUUUCUGAUGUUGGCUAAAGGUUUUAUUGUGUAAGAAUGUUUGAAACUAGUGGAAUGUAAUGAAUUUGUUUGCGAUGUUAGACUAAAAGUAGUGGAAUAUAAAGUGGGUAGAUGGGCCACUUUUAUUUCAAUCUAUGGAACCAUUAUUAUGGA